AAUUCGUUACACGCCUCUUAUCUCUCUCUCGGUACUCUAUCUCCUCUUUCUCAGCGUCUCUCUCUCUUAUUUCAUCUCAGAUCAGAUCGGCUGUAGUGGCUUGGUCUCUCUCUCUCUCUCUCUCGGUGACACUGUGUUGGUUUCUUUCUUAGACUCGAUCAAGUCGGUGGUACUGGCUUGGUCUCUGAUUUUCCCCUUCCCUCCUUUGGCUGAUCAGAAAAUGAAUGGAAGUUAAGAUUUUGUUUCAUAUAUAGGCAGUGAAAUUAUGUGAUUCGAAACUUCAAUUUAGUUUCUCUCUACUCAUUCAUCUUAACCUUUGUGUACUUUAGAUUUUGGGGUUUCUGCUUAAAUUUUAUUUUAUCUUUGUUGUGGGUUUGGGAUUGUUGGAAAAGACCCAGAUGGAUUUCUUUGUUUCUUUCCCCAAAAGUCCAUUAUAUAGAAGACUAUGGGCUUCAGUUAGGCAGCUUGAAUAUAUAUAUCCACAUGCAAAUCCCAGAGGAAACUAUAAUGCAGUUCACAUUCUCUAACAGUUCACAUUCUCAAACUCGAAGUCGCACUCGAAGAAGCUUCACGACCUGUUUCUUCAAGAUCUCCUUCUGCAACAUUUGGAACCGUAAAAAGUAACAAAAAAUCUUCCUAGAAGUCUCAAAUCAAACUUGUGAAUUUCAUAAUCUCCAAUAAUAAAAAAAAAUGGCGAUUUCUAGAGCUAUGAAAUUGUUUUCAAGAAGCUUUGCUUCUCUCUCUUCAACUCCGUUGCGCGUUUGUGUAGUCGGAAGUGGACCUGCUGGCUUUUACACUGCCGAGAAGAUGUUGAAGAGACAUCAAGGAGCUGAGGUUGAUAUUGUGGACAGGUUGCCGACGCCGUAUGGAUUAGUCCGGUCCGGUGUGGCACCGGAUCAUCCUGAAACUAAGAUUGUGACCAACCAGUUUUCUCGGGUUGCUCAAAAUGAACGAUGCUCAUUCUUUGGAAAUGUGUCACUUGGGUCUUCUGUAUCAUUGUCUGAGCUCAGGGAGAUGUAUCAUGUGGUUGUACUUGCCUAUGGUGCUGAAAGUGAUAGAGUUCUUGGUAUCGCUGGAGAAGAUUUGGCAGGGAUACACUCGGCUAGAGAAUUUGUUUGGUGGUAUAAUGGGCACCCUGACUGCAAAUAUUUGACUCCAGACUUAAAGGGCACUGAUACAGCUGUUAUUCUUGGUCAAGGCAAUGUAGCUCUGGAUGUUACACGUAUUCUUUUACGACCAACUGCAGAGUUGGCAACAACUGAUAUUGCCAGCCAUGCUUUAGCUGCUCUGGAGGAGAGCUCUAUAAGAAAAGUGUACUUAGUUGGAAGACGUGGACCAGUGCAAGCAGCUUGUACCACAAAAGAGUUACGUGAAGUUCUUGGUAUCAAAGAUUUACACAUUAACAUUAAGGAAGUUGAUCUAGUGAAAACCCCAGCAGAUGAGGAAGAACUAAAGAAUAGUCGAAUCCAAAAGAGGGUUUAUGAGUUGCUAUCUAAGGCAGCCGUGUCGGGACCAUCUCAUCGCAGUUCAGAUCAACGCGAACUCCACUUUGUUUUCUUCCGGAAGCCAGAUGGGUUUCUAGAUUCAGACGAUAGAGGUGGUCAUGUUGUUGGUGUGCGCUUUGAGAAGACAAUUCUUAAAGAAAGUGUUGGCUCUGGGAAACAAGUUGCAGUUGGUACAGGACAGUUUGAAGACCUUGAAUGCAGGUUAGUGCUAAAGAGCAUUGGUUACAGAUCAGUACCAGUUGAUGGCUUACCCUUUGAUGCUCACAAAGGAAUAGUACCAAAUGUUGGAGGUCGUGUGUUAAUCAACUCUUCAGGAGAUCAUACACAACUAGAGGGCGUCUAUGUAUGUGGGUGGUUGAAAAGGGGACCAACGGGGAUCAUUGCUACCAACCUUUAUUGUGCGGAGGAAACAAUCAUGAGCAUAUCUGAGGACCUUGAGAAAGGAGUAUUAGCAUCUGCACUGAGCUUGCCAAAGCCAGGCAGAGAGGGACUUCUCCAAUUGUUAGAUCGGAGGAAUGUCAAAGUGAUUCCAUUCAGUUCUUGGGAAAAGAUCGACACUGAAGAGAGAAGACUUGGAAGUUUGAAAAACAAACCCAGAGACAAAUUAACCACAUGGGAAGAGCUACUGAAAGUUGCCACCAAGGUGUGAAACAAUUUCCGACCUAUUAAUAUUGUUUUUGUCAUUCAUAUAAUAAAUAUUUGUGUUGUGUUUAUAUUCAAUUUUCAGCAGCCUCGAGUUCUUUAGAUUAAGUGUAUUCAUGCUCGCAUUUUUGUAAGCCUGACAAGGGAGGCCUAAUUUCUUAUCCUUUAAACAUAUACAAUGUUGGGAAAGUUUGGCUCGAGUCACCUUGCCAUUUCAUGGCAACGAGAACCUUAUUGAAUCCUUUCUGUUUCUGUCAUUAUUUAUUUAUUUUUAUUUUUUUGUGGUU